AUGUGGAUCUCCACGUCCAAACGCGUCGUCCUCGGCCUAGAAGAUUACGGCUGCUUCGUCGCAGCGUACCCUAGUUUCACUUCACAAGCUCACAACGAGAUUUUCCAUGAGCUUGAGGCACUGUUUGAUUUACCUACCGAAAUUAAGUUGAGGAACACCUCCGAGAAACCCUACUUUGCCUACGUGGGCAACACCCCGUCGUUCCUUUGUAUGAGAUCUUGGGCAUUGAUAAUGCGACGACAGUCGAAGGUGUCCAGUUUCACGAACCUCUUGUGGCCAGCCAGUAAUGAGUGGUUCUGUAAUGGUGCGCUCGCCUUCUCGAAGAAGGUGUCCGAGUUCGAGCAGAUGGUGAAAAGGAUGGUGUUUGAGAGCUAUAGGGUGAAGAAGUACUACGACUCGCAUGUCACGUCAACCGAUUAUCUCCUUCGGCUCAUGAAAUAUAGGGUGCCGGAGAUGAACGAAACAAAUUCCAGCUGCCAUGUGCACACGGAUAAGAGCUUCAUGACCAUACUUCACCAGAAUCAAGUUGAUGGUUUGGAGGUCAAGACGAAGGAUGGCGAUUGGAUUGCCUUUGAACCCUCACCGUCGUCAUUCUUGGUCAUGGCGGGCGAUGCAUUCUUGGAAGGCAUGGAGCAACGGAAGGAUUCAUUCUCCGUUGCAUCAAGUGUUGCUCAAGAAGAAGCAAUCGCCCAGGACAGCGUCCCCAAAGAUGUGUGCUCAGCCAAGGCCUACUGCGGCGUUUAA